AUGGAGCUGACAGCUGAAGAGCUCGCGCGGUUCGAUGGGGAAGCCUCGACAGAGAUUUAUGUCAGCUUCAACGGCAAGGUCUACGAUGUGAGCAACAGGAAGGACCUCUAUGGAAAGUCCGCGCCCUACCAUAUGCUUGCCGGGCACGAAUGCGCACGCGCCUUGUCCACGAUGUCCAUGGACCAUGUGGACCUGGGGCGCCGGGACAUUGAGGACAUCUCCCAGCUGAUUGCCAAGCUGGAGAAGCAGCUCACAGCUGCGGAGGUGCGUCAAGCUGUGGAGAAGAGCUUCGCUGACUGGCAGCGCCACUUCGAAGACCGAUAUGCGGCCGUAGGCGUUUGCAAAAGCUCCGGCUACGCGAGACCGGCAGCGAAGCAAGGGUCAGCCGCGCAUCCAGUUUUCCACCGCCUUGAGCCCGUCGCUCAAGACGACUUUGCAGAGAGCCCAUUGGAGCUGCUUUCGCGGAAGCCCCGAGCAUAUGUUCAGCACAAGUUCCUGAGCCCAUCGGAGUGCCAGACCCUGAUCAGCAUGAUCCUCCAGCGAAAGGAGAGGUCGAACUUCCAGACAAAGUUGCGAGCGCCGCUGGAAGUCGAAGAUGUGCGCUGGACUCAGGAGCAGCGAGACUUGAUCUUGAAGAUUGAGACUCGCUUGGCUGAACUCACCGGCUGCCCCAUCCAUCCUGACGAGACGGCCUUGGUGGGAACAUUGACGCCCCCGGAGCGGUCACAGGCGAGGCAUGGGCUGAGCGAUCACCUGGGGCUUCAUGUCGACACCAACGCAGCGCACUGGCGCUUUUGCACUGCCAUCAUCUACCUCUCGAGUCUGAAUCCUGAGUUGCAGGGCGGAGAGACGGUCUUCCCAGCAGCACUGGAUCCCAGUCAGGAAGGCCCACCUGGUGAGGAGGAGGAACGGGUUAUCGAGGCUGCAGGUGAGCUUCUCGACCUGGACCUGGACCACACCGACAAGGCUCUGGCACUGCCUGACCAGCCAGAGGUCACGGAGGCGGUCGCUGCAAGGGCAGCCUCCGCCGCGCGGGAUCUUCUGAAGGCGGCCGACUCUGGUGCCACAGGCUUGCAGGUGAAGCCGCAGCAAGGCGCCAUGUGCCUGUUUUGGACCCGACAGGAUGAUGGGGAGGUGGACCGCUUCUCCUGGCACGGAGGCGAGACCGUCAGCCUGCGCCGGGCCGGGGUGAGCCGGAGGAGGUGGAUCACCGCGGUCCUGGUGCUGGCCUACAGCGUGGACCUGCACCUGGUGAUCAUCGGCUGCCUCGAUGACCUCGGCGGAGGCUCUGAGGGGAACAUCGUGGCCGAGGAGAUCGACAAGGCCUAUGGCACGGGCGCUGAUCUCAUAGAUCAGUGGGAUGAGGUGCUGGAGUUCAACGAGAAGCUCUACACCGUGCUGAGAGCCACGACCGAGGGCGUGGUCUUCGACCUGGUGGAGAAUGCCCCUCGGGGCAAUGGGCUGGAGGAGAUGGAGGCGGAGGUGGUCACGUUCAUGGAGGCCAAGACGGGGAGCAAGAUGACGGUGUCGGGCAACUUCAGCAAAGCCGCCGCGAACGAGGAGAACGGGAUCUACAACUUCUACCUGGAGUUGGAAGAGAAGGAGGAAGUGGCGGAGAUGGUGGAGGUAGCCAUGCUGGAGUCUUCGUCACCGGAGGCCGCAUCGAGCGCCGAGGAUCCAGUGCCGGCCGCAUCAGGCUUGGGAGCCAGACCUAAGGCCACGGCAAAGGAGGAGGAUAGAGAUGAGGAGGAAGAAGACGACAUCCCGCCAUGGCAGAAGGAGUACGGUUGGAAGAAGAAGAGCGAGACGGUAUGGGCGCUGGAGGAUCUGCUCAAGGAGGUAGAAGAGGAAGAUGCGGGCCCUGGAGGCGCAGUGAGAGACGCAGCGAUCAACAUGCUGGCUGAGGAGGUUGGCAGCCGCGGUGCAGCGGAGUUGGUUGCGGACAUCGGGGCAUUGGAUGUGGUGGAGAUAUUCUCACCCAAGAGGGUGACGCUGGAACUGCAGCGAUUUGGCUUGCGAGAUGGAGUGGCGGUGGAUUUGGAUGAGAUGAAGCCGUGUGGAAUGGCGAGAUGGGACAUGGACAAGGAGGCGGACUUCAAGAAGGUCUGCAACAUGAUCAAGGAGGAGAAACCGCUGCUGCUGACGAGCUCUCCCCCCUGCACAACCUUCAGCCCGUUGCGGAGGAUCACGAAUCCGAAAAGGGACGCAGACGUGGUUGCCGGAGAGGAGGAGCUAGGGAGAGAGAGGCUGCAGAAAGCGAUGAGGUGCUGCAAGCAGCAGGCUGAGGAGGGAGGCAUCUUCCUGCACGAGCACCCGAAAGGGGCAUCCAGUUGGGAGGAACCGGAGGUGGAAGAGAUGGUGAAGAAAGAGGGUUCUUUCCUAGUGCAGAGCCCGAUGUGCCGCUUCGGCAUGAAGAUGAGAGAUGAUCAUGGUGAGGAGUUGCAUGUGAGAAAGGAGACGCUGUGGCUGACCAACAGCGAAUGCAUUGCGGAGGAGCUGAGGGGUGUGUGUGAGAACGUGCUACAGGGGCGAGAAGUCCAUCGGCAUGUACACCUCAUCGGCAAGGAUCGUGCGAAGGCAGCCCAAGUCUACCCGGUGGAGCUGGUGGAGGCCAUCCUGAGAGGCCUGCGGAGUGAAAUGAGGAAACGAGGACAGAUCAACAGCGUGGAGGAGAUGCUGACGGGAGCCUCGCCGGACGAUUGGGUGGACCAGGAGAAGGAGAACCAAGAGUUGGACGAGCUGUUCAUGGACGACUCGUCGGGGACGGUUCUGCCAGCCGAGCUUGUGAGAAAGGCGAGAGCUGAGGAGUUGGACUGGCUCCGAAAGGAGGCGGUUUACGAAAGAGUUCCGAGGAAGCUCUGCGAGCAGAGCGAGCAGAGGAAGCCACUUCAACUGAAGUGGUUAGAUGUGAAUAAAGGAGAUGAGGAGAAUCCGAAGGUGAGGAGUCGGCUGGUGACGAAGGAGAUCAAGAAGGCGAAGAGGCCAGAUCAACAACUAGGCGCAGAAGACACCUUCGCCGCAACGCCGCCUGUAGAAUGCGUCAUGAUGAUCUUGAGCCUGUUCAUGUCGCAGAAGGGCAUCAAGAAGAAGAGGAAGCUGGCGGUGUGGGACAUCUCCCGGGCGCACUUCAUGGGCAAGGCAGAACGGGAACUGUUUGCGGAGCUCCCGCAGGAAGACUUGGUGCACCCGGAGGAUCAGGAGGCGAUGGUGGGGAGACUCCUGCGGAGCAUGUAUGGCACGCAGGACGCGAGCAAGAUCUUCCAGAUGGACUACCAAGGCCUCAUGGAAAAGGAGAAGGGCGAGUUCAGCAAGCUAUGCCCUGCGCUGUUUAAGUUUCAGGAGCGGGGCAUCAUCGGGCUGGUGCACGGAGACGACUUUCUGGUACUGGCGGAGGACGACCAGCUGACCUGGAUGGAUGGCGUCCUCAACAGCAAGUACACGGCCCGGUGGGAGGCGACAGUCGGAGACGGGGAGCUGGACGGCAAGGAGAUGUUCUUUCUCAACCGGCUCAUCAGGUAUGUGGCAGAUGGAACGGAUGGAAAACGCUUGGAGGUGGAAGCGGAUGCGCGGCACGCGGAGAUCCUGAUGAGGUCGUUUGGGUUCGACUCCAAGACCAAGGGCAGCGACAUCCCGGAGGAUAAGAUUCGGGACCAGGACAUCAUUGUCGAAGAGCGCUCCGAGACGUUGGACGAGGCCCAGACCGGUGAGUUCAGGACGUUGGCGUCGGCCAUGAAGAACCCGAAGAUGGGUGAUUGGCUUCGGCUCAAGAAGGUGGUGCGGUACCUGCUGAAGUACCCGUACAUGAAGAGGACCUUUUUGGAGCAGAGGCCUGAGGAGGUGGACGUGCUGGCUUGGUCCGAUUCGGAUUGGGCCGGAGACCUGAGGACGAGGAGGAGCACCACGGGAUCGGUGGUGAAGAUUGGGCAUCACACGGUGCUGAUCAGAGCCGCGGGGCAGAAGGUGGUGGCGCUGAGCUCUGCCGAGAGUGAGUUCUACGGCAUGUGCAGGACGACAACGCACGCGGAGUUCAUCCGCGGAGUCAUCAACUUCUGGGGCUACGCGGUGACGAGAGUCAUGCUGAAGGUGGACAGCACGGCGGCUCGGGCAAUGAGCCUUCGGAAGGGUGUGGGCAAGACGCGCCACAUCCAGGCGAGGUUUCUUUGGCUGCACGACAAGGUCUUUGCCAAGGAGGUCGCGGUGGUGAAGGUUGAUGGGAAGGAGAAUGAGGCGGACCUGGUGACGAAGGUCCAGCCGGCCACGAUGAUCAAGGGUCACCUUGGUCGGAUGUGUUUUGAGCUUUGUGGCCGAAAAGGCCAUAAGGCAUUGCAGCGGUAG